UUCACAAAUAACAAAAACAACGACAACCUACGCCACUGUCUUAUGACAUUUAUUAAUUCGCAUAGGUUGUGCUUGUCGCCAUUGUGAUUUCAUAGACUGUAUUAUAACAAAAAUAUUUAUUUACAGGUCAAAAUGCUUCCUGGCAAUGUCGAUCCUCGAAGACCUGAUAAAGUACAGAGGUAUAAGCCACCAACUGCGAAUGCUAAUGGACAAGGGGAAGAUCUCACACCUGAUUAUAUGAACAUUUUAGGUCAACGCGCGACCACGGCAAAUGCAGCAACAGAGGCAACGGCAGACAAACACGUGGUGGACGGCGUCAGUGGCGUAAACGUCUCCACGGCGACGAUUCCUGAAUCGAAUCUACAGGCCCACCAUACGGCUGAAGAAGCCCAGGCCGAAGAAACGGCCCCCAACUCGAACACCACCAACGUGAUACCCACCAGCCCUCAAUACGGCGUCGCCAUAAUUCCAACGAACGUCAGCAUCGCAGACUUACCCACAGAAACCGUCACCAUAUCCACAGAUACGGUAAUAGACACGACGGCCAAGCAGCCCCCGGACGACGCUAAAGACUUGCACUCGACGCCGAGCCGAAACGACCGCUUUAAGGUCGUCAAAAUUGCGAGCUUGGAACCGUUCAAAAGGGGCAGAUGGAAAUGCAUGGACUACGUCGACGAGGCGCCGCCGCCCGCCACCCAGCCGAGUAAGGUGACGCAGUCGACGGGCAGCAUCUCCGUGCCGGCCGGCGGGGUGUACCUGCAGACCCAGAGCCUGCCCCAGCAGCAGAUCCAGCAGAUGCUGCUGCAGAGCGGUUUCACCAACGGAACGCAGUUUUUUUCCAACGUGCCAGCGCAGAUGAUCCCACAGACGCAGUACUUCUACCCCCCGGGAGCGAACAUACAGACGCAGACGCUGCCCCAGCAGCUGGUGAACGCGACGGGAGUCCCCAGCAGCAUGCAGGCCCAGUUCAUCAACGCCUCGCAGCCUUACUUCGCAGCGGGGGUGGUGCAGAAUUCCGGAUUUGCCAUACCACCCAACUACCAGAACGUUCAGUACGUCCCGGCUAACAUCCUCCAGAACCAAGGCAGCGCUUUCGUUCCGACGUCGCAGACCGUGCAGCUGCCCGCCAAUUUCCAGCAAAGCCAAACCUACGCCGGCCAACCCAACGUGACCGCCCCGAUGGUCAACGGACACGCGUUUCCUCAGCCAAACGAACAGCAACAGCAAGUCACCUCGAGCAGCUUGCCGACGCAAGCCGCGAAGAGCGUGAUCCUGAACACCAGCGUGCAACAGCCCGUCGUCAGCCAGUCGCAGAUUUCCCAGCCCAUCCAAAACCAAAUACCAGUUGUACAAAACAGCACCCAAUCUCAAUCAGUUCCUGUCAUUCAGAAUCAGCAGUAUCAACAGAAUACUAACUUUCAACAGCUCCCGAAUCAGACCCCAAAUUCUAACCAAGUGCAACAGAACGUUGUACAAAAUACUCAAGUUUUUGACCAAAAUCAGACUGCGCCGAAAGUGGUCCCGACUCCGGCCAUUUUCGACCAAAAUCAGGCACCGCAAGUGGUUUCAGUUCCUUCUAUGCUCGACAAGGGGCAAGCGAAUAACGUGUAUACGAAUCCUCAGUUCGACAUGAACGUCAAUAGUUUAACGGUAUUGGAAAAUCCAGACGCUUCGGCGGACACCGUUAACGAGGCGACGAGCGGAACGGAAGUGGCUUCGGACAAUCCCGACGAUCCCUCAAAGACAAAUCCCGUGGUUAACGCAAUCGAUAAUAAAAUCGAGCAAGCCAUGGAUUUAGUUAAGAGCCACUUGAUGUACACGGUACGGGAGGAAGUGGAAGUACUGAAAGAGAAGAUCGCCGAGCUUAUGGAGAAGAUACAACAAUUAGAAACCGAAAAUAAUUUUCUUAGAUCGCAGAUUCCGAAAAACCAAGCUCCGGGGGCCGCGACUCCCAUAAUGACUACGUCAGCACCCAUGGUGAACCCGACAACCACUACCACCACAAGUACCGCGCCUAACGAAACCAAUCAGCAGUAGAUUAUGUUGAAGCAUGAAUUUCGUGUCGUGUUUAGUGUCGUGGGAGCAAGAGUGCGACUAGAUAUACCCUUCUGCUAAUACUCGAACUUUUGCACUUUGAUAUCAGACUUCAUUAUGGCCUUGGUUGCUUUCUUGUGACGACGGUUUUGUUCUGUCUUAGUAUUGGUGAAGUAUUUGUUUACGCCUGAAACUUUUGUAACUGUGGUGAUUGAUUCAGUUACGGUUACGGCUUUAUUUCUCGCUAUUUUCCGUGUGACACUGCCAUGUUCUGAUAUGUAUGGAGUUGAACUCUUUGGUUAUGUUACAAUUGGAAAUACGCUUUUGCUUCCCAGCAGAGGAGCUUCGCUCGUUGUGUUAUUUUGAGGCGUAUUAAUGAGUUCUGAUUGGCUGAUCUUGUAGAAUGAAAAUGUAAAUUAAUUAUGUAAAAUUUUGUAAAGUAUGUAAAUAAAACUGGUCCCUUGCGCCUCGG